CUGUGUCGCACAAAACAAUGUCCACAACCCGCGGAGCUGGAAGAGGAUGUGGAGCUCGGUCGGCUGUAGCUUUGCUGAUGUUUUGUGGGCUUUUCUGGCGUUGUGUUUCCUUGUAGCUUACUGCGUUCACAAAAUCUCAUCACAGCUGCCCAAAAAAUACGAAACAUGUCGUAUUUACGUUUUAUUUCAGGAUCUUAUUCGGUACGGAAAAACCAAACAAACCCUCAGACGAGACGACUGGCUGCGUGUGUUUGACGUCCCAAAAAGGUGGUUCUGGCACUUCUAUGCCAUCUCUGUAGGCUGGAAUGCUCUUCUUCUGGUCUUGUACCUGAACCUCACAUUCCGGCAUCAGUCCUACCCACCAUGGCUCAUUGGGUCGUUAGACAUUUUGACAGGUUUACCAAGCACUGACAGUCAAGUCCCACAGCUGUCCACUGUGCUGGUGCUGCUGCUGCUCUGUGUCCACUCCCUCAGGAGGCUGCUGGAGUGCCUGUUUGUCAGUGUUUUCUCUGAUGGAGCCCUACAUUUAGUGCAGUAUGUGUUCGGUCUGGGGUAUUACGUUACAAUGGGAUUGACGGUGCUCUGCUCGGAUCGUCUGGGAAAAGGGACUGGAACUCUCCUCUCUCAGCUGGACUGGAUUCAUGUCGCUGGAAUCGCACUUUUCGUUGUGGCCUCUCUAAUGCAGCAUCAGUCCAUGGUCCUGCUGGCCAGGCUUCGCACUGGGAAGUCAGGAACAGUGGCGACGCUGGCUCACAGAGUGCCAGUGGGAGGCUGGUUCGAACUGGUGUCCUGCCCGCAUUACUUUGCUGAGCUGCUGAUCUACGUUUCACUGAGCUUGGUUUUUGGAGGCCUGUCUCUCACCUGGUGGCUUGUUGUCCUUUAUGUGCUCUUCAACCAGGCACUGGCAGCACAGCUUUGUCAUGAACUUUAUAUUAGCAAAUAUGAGUCUUACCCGAGGCAUAGAAAAGCAUUUAUACCGUUUAUAAUGUGAAUAGUUUGUGUUUGCCUUGCGUAUUGGGAACUGUAAAGUCCUAGAAAAAUGUUGUCUGAGGACCUGAAGGUGCAGGACUGAAACUUACCUCCCUCUCAGCAUUGACUGACAAGCCAACAGGACAACGUUGAAGUUUAGUUGACAGCUCCAAAGUGUGAAUGUGAGGCAUGGCAGUGCUGCAGAAACACUUUUUCAUAGCAAAAGUCUCUCCAGGUGAGAGGUGAGCUGUUUCUUACUGACUGAUGUGAAUGAAUGGGGAAAUAUAUAAAAUAUAUUUAAAAUAACCUUGAAUCUUGUUUUUGUUAUAAUAGGUUACAUCCAUGUAAUAAUAACACAUAUUGUUACAGCACACAAACAUAUCUCAUUAUAAUUCAUAAGAUAAGCGAUGUUGGUUAAGUAAGGAUGUUUUAAAUGUUUUUUCAAUAACGAAAAGAUCCUUUCAAAAUAUAAAAAGAAAUUAGCCAAAUUGAGGCUUUGACAAAAAAAAUUGUUGUUAAAACAAAAUAAGUGGGUAUGAUUUAAUAACAAUAUAAAUCUCAUACGUAUAUUGCUACGAGUUAUUGUGUUGUAACAGAAACAAAUGUAUUUCUCAUGGUGGUAAUACCAAUGUCCUGCUGUUCGACAAACAUUGGGAAGUUUUUUAAUAAUAAUGAUUCUGAACUACAACAUUAAAUCAAGUUUGUUGGAAUUAAAUAUUGCACUUAUAGCCAAUAAACUGAGCAUGGGAGUGGAGUUCGUUCCAUGUUGUACUUCUCUAUAAGUAUUUAUUUUAAUCUUUUUGUCUGUAUUUUGUGUAUAUUUGUGUCUACACUAGGACUUGAGGAAUCCACUAGAUGGUGAAAGCCCUUUGGCCGAAGAAGUGAUUAAAUAACUGAUAAUAUUAUUUAAACUGUGAAGUGUACACAGCAUA